AUGAUCCCUCAGUACUGUUCGCAGUGCAAAUCUGACGUCGUCGCGGAAGUGAACGACGCGAAUGGAUUCACGUGUUGCACGGUGUGCGGUAAGAUUCUGGACGAUUCCGUCUUUAGCACGGAUCCAACGUUUUCGAAAACCAGCGGUGGGGCGAUUCAAGUGGAUGGGAACUUUGUCCCGGAAUCGGGUAUAGCGCACUCAGUCGGGAGACCGACCAGAGGUGGGAGAGUGUUUGGGUUACAAAUAGAUUCGCACGAGAAGACGGUGAAUAAAGGAAAACAGGAGAUUAACCAAAUCGCGGAUCGACUGGCGAUGAAACCGAGAGAGGACAUCACGACUUCGGCGCACAGAUUGUAUAAAAUCGCGGUGUCGAGAAACUUCACGAGAGGACGAAGGACGGCGCAAGUCGCCGGGGCGUGUUUGUACGUCGUGUGCAGACAAGAGAAUCGACCGUACAUGUUGAUUGAUUUUUCGGACGUUCUACAAACGAACGUGUACGUUUUGGGUGGGGUAUUUUUACAGCUCUGUCGAUUGAUGCGAUUGGAGCAACAUCCGUUGAUGCAAAGACCGAUUGAUCCUUCGUUGUUUAUUCACAGGUUUGCGGAUAAGAUGAAUUUAGGGAAGAGAGUGCACUCGGUGUCAAACACCGCGCUAAGGCUCGUAGCUUCUAUGAAGCGGGAUUGGAUGCAAACUGGACGUCGUCCGGCUGGGAUUUGCGGCGCCGCGCUUUGGGUCGCCUCACACGUUCACGGCUUCGAUCGAUCGAAAAGUGACGUAGUUUCGAUCGUACACAUCGGCGAGCAAACGUUGAAGAAAAGAAUCACGGAGUUUAGCUCAACGCCGGCGGCGCUGUUGUCGGUGGAAGAAUUCGACGCGCAAGCCCAAAAGUAUGAAAACGACGACUUUAUUGGAAGUAAAGAGCAACAAGAUCUCAUCUGUAGCGGAUCGACGACGCUGACGUGCAAACACAGGGACGACGACAACAUGCCCGAGCACUUUCAACACGGCAUGUGUCGAGCGUGCUACAUUGAUUACGUGAAGGUUUCCGGUGGAACAACUUUUUUGGGUGGGAUGGAUCCCCCGGCGUUUACCGCCGCGCAGAAAAAACGAGACAUGGAACAACUCCAACCGAGGAUUUUACGAAUCGCAAAUUUUGAAGCCGGCCAGGCGGAAGUUCAAGCUGAAUUUGAAGGCGCACUUUUAGAGGGCGAAAUUAACGAGUUUGCAAUGAUCGCUGGCGUCGUGCAAAGCUCAGCGCCUGCCGCGGGUGCCGCUAAUGCCACGGCGGCAGCUCAAACCCAAAUCGAAGAACGACGACCGCCGCAGGUUAUUCGCCAAGUGCAAGUGCAACGCGUCGUUUUGAAAGAGCCGCCGUUUAAGUUUAUGAUCGAAGCGGAGAAAGUUUUGAAGAGAAUUGUUGGUACAAAGCCGGCGGAAACGCAUUGUUUACCGUUUGUUCACGGUAAAGCGAAAGGAUGCGUUUUGAGAGAGCACUUCCGAGACGAUAUCGGCGAGUUUACCAAAGAUAUUCGGCUCGAAAUAAUGCACUAUUUGAUCAAUUUAGGAUGCUUCGACGACGGCGCUUUGGAGCAUUUAAACACGCUUUACCCAUCGCACGACUUGAUAUUGCUCGGUAACGAAGACUUUACGCCUCCGGAAAAUACAGUCAAGAUAGAAGUAGACAAUAAAGCCGAGAAGGCGAAGAAGGAAGCAGCUGAAAACAUCAGAAAAUACAAAGUGAAUAAGGAACCGCCGCUGCCGGGAACCUCCUUCAACGAUAAAAUCAAAAAGAACGAAGAGGCGCUGAGGAAGUUGAAUAACCCGGACGUAAAGAAGGAAGAGGGCAAAACGGAAAACGGAGUCGACACGCCAACCAACGACGAAGAGGAAAUGAGAGACGUGUGCUCGGAUAUAGAAGACGAGGACAUCAACGAGUACAUGAACAAUCAAGAACAAGUCAACUUGAAACGCGUCAUUUGGUCGGAAAUGAACAAAGACUAUUUAGAAUCGCAAGCGGCGAAAGAGGCGGCGAGCAAGGAUGCGGCUGCUCGAGAAUCCAAUCAACCACCGAGAAGGAAAUACAACACGAAGAAAAAAGAAGAGAAGUAUCAACGAGCGGAAAACGCCGCCGUGGCUGCGCAAACGGUCCUCAUCAAGAAACGCGGCGUAUCAUCGAAAAUCAACUACGAAGCGUUGCAAAACUUAUUCGACGACAAGGGCGAGGCAAAGAAAAAGAAAAAAGCGUCGUCGGCUGUGGCAGCUGCGAAAGACAAAGCAGCGCCGAAGGAGACGACGACGACGACGACGAAAGCAGCAACGACGGGAACCGCGACAGCGAGACGAGAACGAGAAAAAGAAGAGGCGCUACCGGUCCCGGCAGCAAAGAAGACGGCCACAAAGCCCGCAUCGAGAGCCGCCGCUGCAGUCGCGGAGAAAAUGAAGGGAAAGAAGAAAGCGCCGCCGCCUUCGAAAGAGAAAUCGGCACCCCGCGCGACGCGAGCGUCUCGAGCCGUCACCGCGAAGAAAUUCAUCAAAAUGUAA